GGGGUUGACCGGGUGUCACUGGGUUCUGAGGAGCGGCGGCGGCAGCAGCAGGGACCACGAGGGGCCUGGGGUCCGGCACAACCAUGGCUGGCGCGCUGGUGCGGAAAGCGGCGGACUAUGCCCGAAGCAAGGAUUUUCGGAACUACCUCAUGAGUACGCACUUUUGGGGCCCAGUGGCCAACUGGGGUCUUCCUGUUGCUGCCAUCAAUGACAUGAAAAAGUCUCCCGAGAUCAUCAGUGGUCGGAUGACAUUUGCCCUCUGUUGCUAUUCUUUGAUAUUCAUGAGAUUUGCCUACAAGGUGCAGCCUCGAAACUGGCUUCUAUUUGCGUGUCAUGCAACCAAUGAAGUCGCCCAGCUCAUUCAGGGAAGCCGGCUCAUCAAAUACGAGAUGGCUAAAAAGGCAUCUGCAUAACAAGGAAAGGAACCAGCUCUUAAAGGGACAGCAUCACCAGCCACAACUGCUGGGUCACAGAGUCACUGUCACAAAUAGGCUCACGAGGACAAAUAACACCGAGCGCUAUUUUUACUGACCAUACUAUUUUUAUAGAAAUAGCUGAGAGUCGGUAAGCCAACUCUCUGCUGCCUUACAAGUACUAUUUUACUUCUCUCCAUAAAAAGUAGCUCAAAAUAUGUAAUUUUAAUUUGAUAAUUUCUGAUGAUGGUUUUAUCUGCAGUAAUAUGUAUAUUGUCUAUUAGAAUUUACUUAAUGAAAAACUGAAGAGAACAAAAUCUGUAACUCCUAGCACUUAAGGACUCAAAAUUCUUGACUUUUUCUUUAAUGAUCACAAAACAAGCAACAGCUGACCACACCCAAAAUUUUCACCCCAGUGUUUAAUAAUGUUCUCUGUGUAUUUCCAUGCAGUGUGUAUAUUGCGAUGCUGUAACUUAAUGGCAAUAAAUGAUUUGAAUAUUUGUUAA